AGUGUGCAGCAGCUGCGAGUGGAACGCGCCGCGGCACUCGCGUACGCGCCGACUAGCCUGCCCACUCCCUGGCUCGUCGCAGCAGUUUUAGUAUGAGGACUGAACCAGUGGUGCUCGUGCACCUUUCCUCAUAGCAGGGUGGAGUGGGGAACGCUGCCCGUCCCCCUCUAGGUGAAUGACUCGCUGAGGAGGGGCACCGCCGGGAUCUCCCUGCCUUUUGAAUGGACUGAUUUAUUCGUGCGCCGGACAAGCAGCGUGUCGUAUCCACCGAAGGAGCCGCUCCUCUUCACUCCAUCCAGUCCCCACUGACGGACUGAUUCACUCUCGUUCCGUUUCUUUCUUCACAUGCUUCGAUCUGGCGGCUCUUUGUCACGGUUACCGCUACCUUGCCGGUGCGCUUGGUGAAACGAUGGAACGCUUCUUGGGCUUUGUAAGGCAAAUUCGCCGCUCGCGGAGGCGCAAAGGCAAAAAGUACCGACCGGAGGAGGAUUACCACGAAGGCUACGAGGACGUCUAUUACUACGCCUCCGAGCACCUGCAGAAUGAGGGACCAUAUACCAAACCAUCCAACCCAUCAAAGCCAUCAGAUGGAACUCUGGCCAUUAGGAGGCAAAGCAUCCCAGAUGAGUUUAAAGGGUCUACCAUAGUGGAGCUAAUGAAGAAAGAGGGCACCACCCUGGGUCUCACAGUGUCGGGAGGCAUAGACAAGGAUGGCAAACCAAGGGUUUCUAACUUGCGACAAGGAGGCAUUGCUGCAAGGAGUGACCAAUUAAAUGUUGGUGACUAUAUUAAGUCUGUGAAUGGAAUAAAUCUGACCAAAUUUCGCCAUGAUGAAAUCAUCAGUCUUCUCAAAAAUGUUGGGGAGAGAGUGGUCCUAGAAGUUGAAUACGAGUUACCUCCAGUCUCUGUUCAAGGUGCUGGUGUUAUUUUCAAAACUGUGGAAGUAACAUUACACAAAGAAGGCAACACUUUUGGAUUUGUAAUAAGAGGUGGUGCACAUGAAGAUAGAAACAAAUCUCGACCGAUUGUUAUCACAACAGUUCGUCCUGGAGGGCCAGCAGACAGGGAAGGAACCAUUAAGCCUGGAGAUAGGCUUUUGAGUGUUGAUGGUAUUCGGCUUCAUGGCACAUCUCAUGCUGAGGCCAUGAGUAUCCUGAAACAGUGUGGUCAGGAGGCCACUCUUCUUAUAGAAUAUGAUGUGUCUGUAAUGGAUUCUGUGUCUACUGCUUCAGGGCCCCUCCUGGUAGAAGUUGCCAAAACCCCUGGCUCCAGUUUGGGCAUUGCACUGACUACCUCAAUGUAUUGUAACAAGCAAGUUAUUGUCAUUGACAAAAUUAAGCCUGCAAGCAUUGCUGACAGGUGUGGUGCAUUACAUGCUGGUGAUCACAUAUUAUCAGUUGAUGGCACCAGCAUGGAGUACUGCACUUUAGCAGAAUCAACACAGCUCUUGGCUAGUGCAUGUGAACAUGUCAAACUAGAAAUUCUUCCUCAACACCAAACAAGACUGGCUCUAAAGGGUCCAGAACAUGUCAAGGUGCAGAGGAGCAACAGACAGUCCACCUGGGAUUCUUGCGCCAACAACAACAGCAACUUCCUCUCCUACCAACAUUAUAACACCUACCACCCUGACCAUUGCAGGACGCAGACCUUGAAAUACCAGAAACCCUCUCCAAACAACCUUCCCUUGGUGUCUUCAUCCUUUUCACCUACCUCCAUGAGUGCAUACAGCCUGAGUUCACUUAAUGUUGGAACCCUACCUCGUAACUUGUACCCAACUAGUCCCCGUGGCACUUUGUUAAGAAGGAAAAUGAAGAAAAAGGACCACAAGAGUUCAUUGUCUUUAGCCUCCAGCACAUUAGGUCUUGCUGGGCAGGUUGUCCAUACAGAAACUACCGAAGUUGUUCUUGUGAGUGAUCCUGUCAUUGGCUUUGGUAUCCAGCUACAAGGUGGGGUGUUUGCUACUGAAACCCUUUCAUCUCCACCACUGAUUGCCUAUAUGGACCCUGACAGUCCUGCUGAAAGGUGUGGGAUCUUGCAAGUUGGGGAUAGAAUCCUAGCAAUUAAUGGCAUCCCAACAGAAGAUAGCACCCUUGAAGAAACCAAUCAGCUGCUUCGAGACUCUGGCAUUACCAGCAAGGUCACCAUAGAGAUAGAGUUUGAUGUGGCAGAGUCUGUCAUACCAAGUAGUGGGACAUUUCAUGUGAAGUUACCAAAGAGGCCUGGAGUGGAGCUCGGGAUAACCAUUAGCUCUCCUUCAAGUAGGAAGCCUGGAGACCCUCUAAUCAUUUCUGACAUUAAACAAGGAAGUGUUGCACACAGAACAGGAACUCUGGAGGUUGGGGAUAAACUGUUAGCUAUAGAUAACAUCAGGCUGGACAACUGCUCUAUGGAGGAUGCUGUUCAGAUUCUUCAGCAGUGCGAGGAUUUGGUCAAACUCAAAAUACGUAAAGAUGAAGACAACUCAGAUGAACAGGAGAGCUCAGGGGCAAUCAUCUACACGGUUGAAUUAAAGCGUUAUGGAGGUCCACUGGGUAUUACAAUCUCGGGAACAGAAGAACCAUUUGACCCUAUCAUCAUCUCCAGCUUGACGAAGGGAGGCUUGGCAGAAAGGACGGGUGCAAUCCAUAUUGGUGACAGAAUUCUGGCAAUAAACAGUAACAGCCUGAAGGGUAAACCCUUGAGCGAAGCUAUUCAUCUGUUGCAGAUGGCUGGAGAAUCGGUCACACUGAAAAUCAAGAAACAAGGAGAUGUGCCAAGCCCUAAAAAAUCUUCAGUUUCUGGGCGCCUCAGCGAGCUCAGUGAUGCGGAGGAUGAGAUGUUAUCUGCACAGAAGGCAGGGAAGCUCUCCGACAUCUACUCAACCACAAUUCCCAGUGUAGACAGUGCAGUGGAGUCCUGGGAUGGCUCGGCGAUUGACACAGGCUAUGGGAGUCAAGGCCCAGGAUACCAAGCCACUGGAUACAGCUUUCACAACCAUGAGUGGAGAAAUGGCAAGCGCCAGGAUAGCCUGUCUCCUGCCAGUCGGCAAAAAAACAACAACAUCUUUCAGGAUUUGGGGCUGAGUGACGAGGAGUGGGACAGACCCACCACCAGCAGGUUCACCAUAGGCAACGACGGCACAGAACCAGAUCAAGAAGAAAAUUUCUGGUCCCAGGCCCUUGAAGAUUUAGAGACAUGUGGCCAGUCUGGUAUUCUGCGGGAACUUGAGGAAAACCCUGACAGGCUUUUGAAUAUGAGAAACCUGGCCACCUUGGCUACCAUCAUGUCGGGCAGCACACUGAGCUUGAAUCACGACCCACCCCAGAUGCGCAGCCACCUGGGCAGACAAGCCAGCUUCCAGGAGAGGAGCUCCACUGCACCCCACUACACCCAGGCCAAUCGCAGCAACACGCUGCCCAGUGACAUCAGUAGGAAAUCAGUGGCCAUGCGGAGAAUCAAGCAGGAGAUGAAGGAAAUCCUCUCGCCAACGCCUGUCGAAUUGCACAAGGUCACUCUCUACAAGGAUUUGGACGCAGAAGACUUUGGCUUUAGUGUUUCAGACGGCUUGCUAGAGAAAGGGGUGUACGUGAACAACAUCCGUCCUGGCGGCUCCGCAGAACUUGGAGGCCUUAAACCAUAUGACAGGCUGUUACAGAUAAACCACGUCCGCACCAGGGAUUUUGACUGUUGUCUGGUAGUGCCUCUUAUUGCCGAAUCUGGAAAUAAACUUGACUUGGUCAUCAGCAGGAACCCUUUGGCUUCUCAGCAAGCAGGAGGAGCAGAAACAAAGGCUUCAGCCACCUUAGGGGAGUGGACUGACAAGAGUGACCCCGCGCAGCCACCCGUCCAGACUGGCCGAACAGCAAGUUUAGACAGGAGGGAUCCCACCAAAACACUCUAACACAAGAAGCACUGAGCUGCUUAGCAUUUCACAAGCGUUCCCAUGGUGCUAAUUGAGAUGUUCCUCUGUGGCAAAGAGGAGAGAAGUCGCUCUGUGUGAAGGAUCUGGAAGCACACUAAAUCUCAUCAGUUACCAGAGCAUGAACCACACUUAGUACUCCAACAUGUUUACCCAUGACCUGCCUCUGAUGGGUGUCUGUGCAAACCUUUGUGAUGAUGACAACAAAUGACGAAGAUGAUGACAAAUGACUUCUUGGUAUGGGAAAAUAAAAGUGCCAUCCUUCAUGUGAAUCCUAGGACAUUUGCUUGCUAAUAACUAACAGGAAUAGGAAAGAGUGGAAGCCAUGCCCACCUUGUAUACACAGCUGACCAAAUGUCCUGUGCUCAGGGACUGCAAUGCCCUGAUAAAACGCCAUAACAGAAAGAUAGUCUGGACAGCAUGGGCCUCACUUCAGGAAGGCUGGAUGUACCCCGUGUGAAUCUGUGCCUCCUUGGUGCGCCUCUAGCCUACAGCGACAGGUACCUGCACCCCUUCUCAGUUGGACAGUGUACCUGGCGGGUCGCACUGGGCUGGCACUGACACACAGUGCUCGGUGAUAUUAUUUAUCAUUGCUCUGUGGUUUCGUUUUCCGUCUUUGUUGUGUUUCUUACCCAAUGGCAGGAAGUGAGACAAAAGACUAAAGCUGCAGUUUUAAAUCUACAGGCCUUUGUAACAAAAGCUUACCUUGACCACACUCCGAGGUCCAGCCAUCUCUGAUUAGCUCGGUUUUCAUUUUUUAUAAUGUAUGUAAACCCUUAAGAGAAUUUGUUUUCAUGUCUUCCUGCUUUCCUAGAGGGGUCCAGUCUAACCAGCACGGUGGCUGCACAUGCUCAAUGCAGACAAUCGGCCUCUUCCCCCUGUAACUGUCAAGGGCCCCUUUGUUGAAUACCAGUUCUUCAUUUUAAAGACUCUAGGGGUCUGUUUUGAGUGUCUUAGUAGUGAAAGUGUGUGCUGUUGGUCGUAGUGUCUGCAAUUCAUCAAUGACUGAGUUUUAGGAUCAAAGUGGUAUGUCUGACAUGAACGAGGUGAAAAUGCACCCAGAAUUGUAUAAACUGUGCAAAUCUGCACUAGAAAUAUUUUAAAGAAAAAAAAAAAUAUAUAUAUAUAUAUGACUUUGAGUUUGUUUUUAAGUAAAAGAAGACUUAAUAAGAGAACAGCAUUAAGCAAGGUGGCCCCAGGCUUAGUCCGGACAUCUGCAGAUGUGGUUAUCCUGGCUCCGCCCCCAACACCUCCCAUUGGCUGUUAUUCUUUCACCGGCAUGCGUGUCUCCAUUUCUCACUUAGUUUAGCAUUGGCAAUAGAGCCGUAAACUUCAUAUGCAAGCCAGUCGAGCGUCUACUGUACUGUGACUGUAGCUGGUCUUUGUUCCAUAAACCACUACUGCCUUAUUUAAAAGAAAAUUCCAUGAAGUGGAGGGCUCACACCAACUACACUUUGGGUGAAAACCAAGACUUGCUCCUAUGCUGCUGGCCUCCACGGGGAAGUGUUCAUCUUUUGUUUGGCACCAAGUCCUUUACAUUGUGCAGUUACUAUAUAACAAGCGAUGUUUCCUCGGUUUCAGUGUGGCCCAAGUCAAUGUUGAUUUGUUUGUGACACCUAAGAUGAGAUCUGUAUGAAAUUGGUGUGUGUGUGUGUGUGUCAGUGAUUUCUUUAACUGGUGUUCCCCGGUAGUGGACAGUGAUCACCAAACUCCUACUGCAUCCAUCUCACCACAACACUCGCUGCAUUUCUCUUCUCUGGGAUUCGGCACAGAAGUGCAAAGACGCUCGGCUCCAACCCCGUCUCUACCAACGAGCAGCUUGGGCUUUAGGACGGGGACAAGAAAACCCUGCACUUGCACUCCACCACUCAGACUGUGCUCGCCUUUUGACAGAUUUUCCUAAUGAAAACAUCUUUUAGAGGAGCAAUAAAAUAGAAGAAGAAGAAAAAAAAGGUCCUGGUAGUUUUCUUUUUCAGCCUCAUUUGUUACCCUAUUUUUUUAAUCAUGUAAUCAAUUUUUGUACUCCUGCAUUUGAGAGACUCGACACUGCUAACAUGCUCUUUGCACCUUAAUUUU